AUGACUACCGGGGAGAAGAAGUACUCGGGCGAAUUCGUUCACGAGACCUACAACGGGGAUGACGUCCAGCAUGGUACGGUAACUGAUAACUCCGAUGACCUUCAACGCCAUCUUGGAAACCGCCAGAUCCAGCUUAUCGCUAUCGGUGGUUCCAUUGGCACAGCACUGUUCGUCAGUAUCGGCGGCGCCCUCAAUAAGGGCGGCCCUCUCGGGCUUCUGCUAGCAUACGCUGGUUAUUCUUGCGUGAUUGCGCUCGUGAACAACGCCAUGGCUGAGAUGGCUACUUACAUGCCCGUCAGUGGAGGGUUCAUCCGAAUGGCCGGCCACUGGGUCGACGACGCCUUGGGCUUCAUGGCCGGGUGGAAUUUUUUCCUCUAUGAAGCCUUGCUCAUUCCAUUUGAAAUCACCGCGCUCAACAUCGUCCUGAAAUAUUGGAGGGAUGACAUCCCUGCUGCAGCCGUGUGCGCUGCUGUCAUUGUACUAUACGCCGCUUGCAAUGUUCUGGCCGUGAAGGCAUAUGGUGAAGCAGAAUUCUGGCUCUCCGGUGGCAAAGUCCUUCUGAUCCUUAUCCUGUACUGCUUUACUUUCAUCACAAUGGUUGGUGGCAAUCCCAAGAAAGACGCAUAUGGAUUCCGUUACUGGCGUGAUCCUGGCCCGCUCGGAUCCCUCUAUACCACCGGUGAUUUGGGCCACUUCGAGGGCUUCCUUGGAGCACUCUGGGCCGCUUCUUUCUGCAUUGUCGGGCCUGAAUAUAUCUCGAUGGUUUCAGGCGAGGCGAAGCGUCCACGUGUCUACAUCAAGAGCGCCUUCAAGACCGUUUACUUCCGUUUUGGUGCCUUUUUCAUCCUUGGAGCGCUCUGCGUAGGCAUUGUCCUGCCCUACAACGAUCCCCAGCUCGUCUCAGUUCUCACAUCAGGAGAGAGCAGUGCCGCCGCGUCUCCCUACGUUAUCGCCAUGAGCAACUUGGGAAUUGGUGGACUCCCUCACCUUGUCAAUGCUCUACUGAUCACCAGUAUCUUUUCCGCCGGCAACACCUACACUUACUGCGCCGUUCGCAGUCUGUACUCGCUUUCGAUCGAAGGUCGCGCACCCAAGUUCCUGCGCAAGUGCACCGCGAAUGGUGUCCCGAUCUACUGUUUUGUUGUUGUUAUGAUCUUCCCGUUCCUGUCCUUCUUGCAGCUGUCUGACAGCUCUGCUACCGUUCUGAACUGGCUGGUCAACAUUGUGACCGCUGGUGGACUCAUUAACUACAUCACAAUGUGUGCCACAUACCUGGCCUUCUACCGCGCAUGCAAAGCGCAAGGACUCGACCGCAAGACCCUUCCUUACACUGGAUAUUUCCAGCCAUAUGGCACUAUUGUGGCUCUCGUCUUACUCAUUUGCGUGGUCGGCUGCUACGGCUACUCAACGUUUUUGCCCGGCAAGUUCACUAUUGAGGGUCUUUUCACCUACUACACGAUGGUGUUCCUCGCACCUAUCACUUUCACGUUCUGGAAGGUUCUCAAGAGGACCAAGCUGCGCAAGCCGCAUGAGGUCGACCUCGUUUGGGAUGCGCCAGUCAUCGACAUCUACGAGGCGUCCUUCAUUACCCCUCCUGUUGGCUUCUGGACCGAGAUGCUUCAACUCGUUGGCUUCAAGCGCAAUGUCCCAGUCGACAAGCGUGCUGUUUAG